AUGCGAUCUACUCCAGAAUAGCGCGCGGCGGCGGAGCAGCAGCGACGCGGCGGAGACGUUGUAGAGCUCUUUUCUCCGGGUCGUUUCGCCUCAUGUUUGUUUAUUUACCCCGGGUUCGUUCGGUCCGGAGUGAGCCUGGCACGGAGGAGGGGCGGGAACUCGAGGCGGGAUGUCGGCGCUGAAGGAGAACCAGUGCUACGGACUGUCCAGCGGUAAACUGAACCGCGGCGGCAACGUCUCCGUUUUUCACGUUAAACUCACUGACAGCGCGGCAAGAGCCAUCGGUACCUUUCAAAAUGCCAAGGGCUCGUCUUCUCAUCCUACCAUCUGUUUUAAUGGAAAUCAAGGGAAAAUCACCGUCCCUUGCUCGGAAAAUCGAGACGAAGUGAGGAUUUUCACCUUUGGCGUGACUAACGUCGCCCGUGACAAUCCUCAUGGAAGCUUUGACUGUGUCAAACAGCUCAGCGCUGGUGCCGCCGAGGAGCUGUCAUGUCUCGGGGUGAUUCAGAAGAAGAUGACAGUCAACGCUACAGAUGACUCGUACGAUAAGGCUCGUCAGAGCAUGGCUCAGGCUGAAGAGGAGACGCGCAGCCGAGCGGCCAUAGUCAUCAAACACGGGGGGCGCUACCAAGGCAAGAAGGUGACGGUGCGAGCCCCAGAUCCGGCGCUGGCCAGCCUCACCAAGCCCAAGCACUCGUCCCUCCUCAGCAAGAGCAGAAGAGGCGCCGGCGUGUCCAAGCAGAAGAAGAACGAGUGCACGUCUAACAGGAAGAGCGACGUGAGCGACGUGAAAGAGAGGCCUCUGAGGGAGAGGGUGAUACACCUGCUGGCUCUGAGGCCUUACAGGAGGCCUGACCUGAUCUUGAGGCUGCAGAGAGACGGACUGACGGCGGGAGACAAAGACAUGCUCGACUCCCUACUCCUGGAGGCUGGCCAGCUCAAUAGCAGAGACAAGACAUUUGUUUUGAAGGACACUCUCUAUAAAGAGCUGCAGAAGGACUGGCCAGGUUAUACCACGGGCGACCAGCAGCUUCUUAAACGCAUCCUUGUCAGGAGACUGUUUCAACCGCAACCGAACCUCCUCAGCGUGUCCAAGGCCCAGGUCAGCCCUCUGCGGGACACCCCCAACUCAUCACCAGCCCACCGUCCUAAACAUUCCCUGCCUGAGGAAUACACGGACCCUCUGGCCAGCAAGAAGCCCAGGAUAUCCCACUUAUCGAGCAAAGCGGCGGGCGACAGGUCCGCGUCGAGGCCGUCUCAGCUGGCGGCUCAAAAAGAGGUCAACGAAGCGGCGGCGGACGACAGGCAGAGGAACUCGCUUGAUCCUAAAAGACUUUUUGACUCCCUGUCGGCAGUGUGUCAGCGGGAGGAGGAGGCGGCCGAAAGGCUGGAGCCGGCCGACGCUGCUCAGCCCGAAGACUCUGACCGGCCCCCGUCCCCUUUAAUAGUACCCGAUCUGAACAGACACUCGACGAAAAGAAAGAAGAGCAAACACAACCACAAGGAGAAGGAUAGAUGGAGAGACAAGAAAGAAAAGAGGAAAGAUCACAGCUCGGAGAAGCUGAACAACAAAGUUUCACUGGGCUGCACAGAGUCGAGUGACAUGUUGUUUGACUCUAAUGAGCUUCAAGUGGACAGUGACACUCAGGACUAUUUAUUGAAGUACACAUCGAUUUGCAACCACAACCAGAGGCAAAGUUACAAACAGGACUUCAACAAGGAGUACAGCGAGUACCGAGAUUUACACGCCCGCAUCGACAGCGUCACGCAGCAGUUCAUGGAGCUGGAAACGCAGCUCAGGCAGCUUCACCGGGAAUCGCACAAAUACAAGACGGUUCAUAAUCAAAUUCUUCAAGAGUAUCGCAAAAUUAAAAAGUCCAAUCCAAACUACAACCAGGACAAGGUUCGCUGUGAAUAUCUCCACAACAAACUGGCCCACAUCAAGAAACUGAUAUCGGAGUACGACCAUCAGCAGCUCAGAGUGGACCACUCCUGUCCCAAGUGAAGAGGAGACGAGUGAACAAUGAGACACUGAACAACCUGAGGCAAGGGAGGUUCACGCUGUUGAGCUGCUCUCCGCGGUCUCCGUGGCCGAACGCGGUCUCAGGAGACCGGCUGUAAAUGUCGCCGGGGUCGGGACUCACUUGUGAAGACCGGCAGUGGUGCGUUGGGGGAGAAAAAAGCGGCCCUGUGAAAUGAGAUCUUUUCUUAGAAGACAAGUUUUCUUUGAAAACUGGUUUGAACAAAGGGCUGCUGCAACUACAGCAACAUGAGUAACAAUAGUUUACUCUUAAAGCUGAAAGCAGAUGCGGAGGUGAGGUGCUAAGCCUAAAAACAUUUGUAGAUUUCCAUCACACAUCUUUAUUUUAUUUUAUUUUUUUGUAAAUUAAGUUAUUUUGAGUAUUUGUGUUCUGUUAGUCCUGUCAUUGUUCAGUGAUUAAGCUGGAGGCAUGAGGAGACUGUACAUUGUACAUAACUCGUCUCAUUUGAAUGUCAGGUGAGGGUUACUUCUGACAGCAGCUGGGAUGCAGACAAAGAUUAGACAAGUCUAUUGACUCCCAAAGAGUUUUCCUGCUCACCAAAUGGUUUUCUAAUUCUGCACGGGAUUCAUAGCAUUCCACUGGUGUUAUCCUUCGGGGGGUUUUCUCCGAUCACGAGUCUUUGGAGUCUGUUACGUAGAAAACAGUAUUAACUUUAAGGUUGUAGGUUGUAUUCAGGGACUGUACAGCAUGAGCAUUGGUAAGUGUUAAGAUUGGUUUUAAGAAGAUAAGUGUUUUUUCCCCCCAUAAAGAACUGAGAGAAGAUUUAGUUGCAUGCUGUGUACUUGCAUGUACGAUGAGUAAAUCAAGAGAUUUUCAAGUUUCAAAUAAAUCCAUUUUUAAUGAUA